GAUAUCGAGAUUGUUGGGAGAGUGUAUUGAGGAAAUGAGCAGUGGAUUCUUGUGUUUUUGUCCAAACGCGGUUAUCAAAGCAGCUCAGUAUGUGAGACCUAAAAACACUUUUUCGUGUAAGCACUAUACCUGCAAAAAUAGAAAUAGUUGGUUUUACGGCAAUGAGUUGUAUAUAAAGAGACGUAAAGUGGUCGAACAGCAGAGAACAACUAGCCACGUUUCUAAGUUGCCUUUUCGUCAAACAUGGAAAGCUGUUUCAGCUCAGCACACGGAAGAUGGCGAAUGUAGUGUAUUGAUUAUUGGUUCUGGCGUCACAGGAAGUACUGCUGCUUUUCAAUUGGCCGAAAGUGGCAUUGAUGUCUUAGUAGCUGAGAAAAAUGAACAAGUCGGAGGAAAUAUCAUUUCUAGAAAGGAGCAAGGUUUCAUUUGGGAAGAAGGUCCAAAUACAUUCCAACCUACUCCAGAUAUUCUUGUUAUGAUCGAAAAGUUAGGUUUGGUAGACAAACUGGUCUUAGCUGAUGCAAAGCUGCCACGAUAUGUGUUCUACCAGGAUAAACUUCAUAAGAUUCCUUCAAGUCCUUUUGAAGCCUGCCAAUUUUCUCUGUUGUCGACAAGAGGAAAAUUGCGUGCCUUUCUAGGAGCUAUUGGCUUUGCUCCAAUGAAUCUCAAAAAGAAAGAGGAAACCGUAAGAGAUUUUGUAACGAGACAUUUGGGGGAAGAGGUAUAUGAACGGCUUGUGGAUCCUUUUAUUAGUGGAGUAUAUGCUGGUGAUCCUUCCAAGCUGAGUAUGAAAGCAGCAUUCAAACGAGUUCAAGCCUUGGAAGAAAAAGGUGUUACCCAAAGCCUUAUUGAAGGUGCUAUUAUUCGAAUGUUUGAAACAAAGAACAGUAAAGGAAAGAAAGAAACAAAAGGUUCUCUCAAGGUUCCAAGAGGCUCUCUUGGUUCAUUCAAAGAUGGCUUACAAAUGUACCCCCAAUCAGUACAGUCGAAGCUUUCGAACAAAGUGAAGACUGGAUGGAAGUUGAUAAGACUGGAGAAGAGCGGAAAUGGAAGCAGUCAUCAGUCAUGUGAGGAUUACUUUGCAGUGUUUCAAAUACCCAAUGGAAUCACCAAAGUAAUACGUACGAAGGCAUUGAUAUUUACUAGUCCUGCUUAUAUCACUGCAUCUCUUUUGAGACCUUUCAUUCCCAAUGCAUCAGAUCUGUUGGAGCAAAUCUAUUAUCCUUGUGUAGUAUCAGUAUCCUUAGCGUAUCCCUCUUCAUCUUUUCGAUUUCCUUUAUCUGGUUUUGGUCAUUUGAUUCCAAGAAGUACAAAAAUUCGUACUUUGGGUACCAUUUGGUCGAGUAGUCUAUUUCCAUAUCGAGUACCUGAAGGUUAUCAUCUUUUAUCCUCUUACAUUGGAGGUGCUCAGGAUACGGAUAUUGCUUCGCUAUCUGAAGACCAAGUUGUGAAACAAGUUGAUUCUGAUAUAAGGAAAAUACUUUUAAGGCAAGAUGCAGCUCUUCCAAAGGUUUUGGGAGUACGUCAUUGGAACAAGGCCAUUCCGCAAUAUGAACUAGGUCAUCUCUCUCGAAUGGAAACUAUUCAAAGUCAAGUCAGUGAAACUCUUCCAGGUGUGUUUUUGGGUGGUAAUUAUGUCAGCGGAAUUUCUUUUGGAGAUUGUGUGUCAUUUGGUAUGCAACUUGCUGAUCAAGCAUCUUACUAUAUCAAAGAAAAUACAGAAUUGCUUUCUUCGACAGUCGUUUGAGACGAUAUAAUGUUAAUACUCCUUUUCAUUAAAGACUGCAAAACAAACGAGUCAUGUCAAUUAUUUUU